CGUUUCGAAAAGUAAACAAACAAACAGUUUUUUUUUCAAUCACAGUUCGUUUCUUCGCGAGAGUGCACGCAUUAUUUGUGUUGUCUUCGGUUAGUGAUUGUAUUUUUGGACUUAAAAGUGAAUUGAAAAUAUCGUUGUGAAUAAUGAAGAAUCGUCCAGUCAAGCACAAAACUAAAAAUGCAUUUCAGUUUAAAAGUUUCCACGAGCGCGUAGCCGAAGUCGAUGUCCGCCGGUCGGCCCUUUACUACGUGGAGCACGAAAAUGAAGAACUGGACGAACAGCAGUGCUUCUUCCAGCAAACCAUCCAGAAGUGGAGUGCCCUCAAUCUGUCCGAGGAGUACCAACGGUUCCAGGCUCGGUUGCGGGGAAUCGUGACACUUCCCCAGCUGCUGCACAAAAAGGACUUUGUGUUGGAACAUCUGCUGGGCAGUUUGGACAAUGCCACGGAACUGUCGCUGCAAGCCCUGCUGGAGUUCGUGGUCGUGCUGGCAAGAGAUCUACGGGAGGACUUCUGUCCAUAUUUCGAACGCAUCUUCGACAAACUACUCAAACUAUUGGACACAAAGGAUCCCAAUCAACUAGAAUGGACAUUGCUGUGCUUGGCGUUUCUGUUCAAAAUUAUGCGCGGAUAUCUACGCAAAAGGCUCGAUUUCAUUUUUGGACGCAUCGUGACCCCGUUGGAUGAUGCAAAACCGCUGCACAUUACCAACUUCGCUGCAGAAUGCUUCAGCUUUCUUGCGCGGGAUGUUAAGAAUAAGCAGGAACUGAUACUGAUGAUAACCACAGCUGCGAAGAACAAUCCCUCGGUGACCACAGGAUGCGGCCGACUGCUGUUUGAGAUAAUGCGUGGAGUCAAUGAACAGUUCCAUAGUUGUGCAGAAGACUUUUGGAAGCUGCUUCUUUCAAACUUGUUUAACAAGUCGGCCAGCAAUGAAAGCGAUUUUGAUCCUGAGGUUUUGUUCAAUAUUCUAGUGCAAACUGUUUCCGACAUGUUACAAUGUGUCGCUAGUACAAACAUGGCACCAUUUUGGAACUCCAUCUAUAAAGCUAUAGAAAAAUGUAUUCCCAAUAGUGACGGAAUAAAAAACGAGCCAGCUCUGUACUACAUCCUCCAGUUGAUAGGAAUAACUGUGGAACACCAGCAUGGCAAAUACCUGAACAGUACUUCCCUGAUGAUUGGUGUCCUGGUCAAAAUAGCUAACCAGAGUGAUUCAGAGAGAGUACUUAUCAACGUUACUAAAAUUGCCACGAUCAUGAUGCUGUCGAGAAACUUGAACAUUACCCAGCUGGAUGCUAGUCGCCUUUCAAAGAACAUAAUGACCAUUGGACCCCGAUCGAGAACGGUGUUCGAAGACUUUGUGCUAGGAGUGGUCGAUUACUCCAUGUUUGAGAUCCUUAUUCUGCCGGAUUAUCUGAAGUUUUUCGAGAAGAACCUCGACACGCAAAGCUUGAGGCUGCUAGCGCGAAUGGUGACGAAAAAAUCUCCACUCUGCAAACAUGGAAUCAAUUUGGACCAAUGGAAGCAGUUUCCGGUGAAACUCAAGACCGACAGUGCGAAGCAGAAGAUCCGGACAUCGUUGAAAGGUGGAUUGACCAAAGAUAAUCGAACGGAUUUCCUUCUGGCUUUGAUUCUACUGCCUCAUUUAGUGGAUUUCGACCAUGAAGAGCGAAUCAUUCAGAUAUUGGAAAAUGAAAUUACUGCCACUGUUUCCCAGCUGAAAAACGAUCCACAGAGUGAGCAAUAUGCCGCUUUAAGUAUAAUGGUAGAAACGCUUGUGCACUACAAACACGACAACUUGAAGAUCUUCGUCAUGAUUGUUGAACAGCUAUUACCGAAAGUGGUGGAUGCUAAACAGAAUAAUCUGAUGAAUGUGAUAAGUUUGUGCUUGGUUAAAAUUCACCAGGAUAAGCCACAGCUGUUAACCGAUAAGCUAUUUGAAACAAUCCACUUGAAAUUGAGCGACUUUCUAGUAUCAGUGCAUCAUAAAACUCGUCUACUGGUGUCUCACAUGUUCUCGCUGUUCAACAAUCUUCCAAGGUUAGCCAUUGAAAAUGAAGAUCAAACACUAUUCGACGUCCUGUACGCCAUAGAAAUGGUGGAUCCGAAUAUCCAUACAUAUCGUGAGCAAGUAAUGCAGCUGAAAAAACUGGAGUUCGAUUCCAACUGGUUUCAAGGAAUGAAAGACGAGUCUCUUCGUUUGGAUGCAAUGAAGUUUGUACUUUCGAUGUUGUCAGUGAAUUUCAAAUUGCUAGGGGAGCCUGCCAGUGAGGUGCUUACGACAUAUGCUGAGGAAUUUGCAGUGGCUGACUUCUGGAAGAUCUACAAAAAACAGUUGAACUAUACACUGGAAUACAUAAGCCGUCCGACUGUUGCAGACAGCGAAGAAGCAAAUGAAGAUGAUAUGUUGGAUUUCGUUAAUGAUGAACAAGAUGACAAGAUAGAUUUUGUCAAUUAUCGCGUUCAACUGUUGGUCACCUUGUCGAAGCUGAAUAGGAUAUUCGAAGCAAAAAAUCGUGAUAUUGUAGAAGCGUUCCUGCAAUUCAUCCAAUCAGAAUACAGAGUCAAGCAACAUGCUGAUGUAGAAACCAACGAAUCUGCCCCCAAAGCUACCCAGAAGAUCUUGAUCGCAUACUUGAACAUAUUCGCAAAGGUGAAGAAUCCAAAGACCAUAUUCAAAUCCGAAAAGCUGUACGAACUGUUUGAAGAGUUGCUGACUCAUCGUAGCUUCGAAGUGCAAAAGCUGGCCCUGGAUUGCAUAUUCACGUAUAACAACGCAGCCAUCACGCCCUACAAGGAUAAUUUGUACCGUUUAAGCAGCGAGAAAACUAUGAAGGAUGAAAUGCAGAGCUUUUUCAAAGAGGACCCGGAAAACGAUAGUAGACUGCGGUGUGUGGUGCUGGAUGAACAUCGUUCCGCGGUGGUUCCCUUGGUCAUGAAAAUUGUACAUACCAGAAUGGUUCAGAAAGUAACGCCUACCGAACUGAAGGCCCUGCUAUUACGGUUUGUGGGUAAUUUCCACGAGAAUGAGAUAAACCUCUUCAUAAGCAUGUCGUUUGCGUAUUUCGAGAAGCUACUUCGAUCCAAUCCUUUGGAAACCUAUCGGACAAUCAACGAGAGCAAUACACGAUUUGAGGAAGAUCUCCCCGUUUAUCGUAUUCAAGUUUUAAUGAAAAUGAUCGAUAGCAUACGUGAGCAAUUCGGAGGAUUGAAAGACGAGUCCUUUAUUCAGUACUUGCUGCACAUCAAGUUUUGUAUGGACUCAAUCCUCACGCGGAUGGAUCAUUCGGCGGUAAAGCAGUUGAAAUCACAAGCUCUAAUCAAUUUGGUAGAAUUUUUCGAUCACUUCGACAGCUACAAAUGGACACCAGAGGAAAUAGAAACCGUUUUCGCCAUCUAUGUGCGACCUCAGUUGGAAAAACUGGAAACUGAGUGUAUUCAUUCGCCGACACCUCUUUUGAAACUGUUCAUUGCUUGGAGCAAAAAUCCACGCUAUUAUCAAUUUUUAGCGCGAUCAUUAUCCGAAGAAUUUGCCCUCGAAUCAACGCCACUGGCAUCCAUUGUCAAUUUAUUGAACGGUGAUAAAACUAGCGAUGCAGUCUGUCAAGAAAUUCUGAAGAUGAUCACCAGUAUGCUAACGCUUGAUACAAGUGAAAGUGAAAUAAUUACUGUUCCGAACAGUCGACCAGUGGACAACACGUACAACGAAUCCGAAAUGAAUCUUGGAACAUCUCUGCUAAUGCCUUUCGUUAUGGAUAUCAUAUCCUACAUCCAGAAGAUAAUGAAGCGUAAACGGUCCAUAAGCAAAGAUCACCUGUUGGUGCUGUCCCGCAUUGCUGAGUACGUGAAAAAUGAAGAAUGUUGCGACGCAAUAGCAGACAUGUUGCUGCCGAUGCUAGUGAGGAGAGUAACUCUACCCAAUGUGGACAUGGACACCAUACAACAGAUGCAUGUGGCACUUUAUUCGCUCAUGAAAAUGGUUCCGCACCCGGAGAAGCACCUGCGGAAGAUUGGAGUACUGUUGGAACGCGUUCUAGAUUUGGCCACGAGGAAAGUCAUAAGCCAAAUGAUUCAGCUCAUAGCGGAAAAAUCAGACUCUACGGAACAUGUUCGCUGCGCAUCGAUUCUUGAGGAUAUGAAUGCGAUGGAUAAACGUUGGCUGGAACAACCGGACUAUGAGCGCAGGCUUGGUGCAUUCCGGGCAAUAGAUCGAAUGAUGGAAAACGGAGAAACGCUUGGAAUCGAUCUGACCAUACUGUUUGUCCAUCAGUGCUUUUAUUACCUGAAAACGGACAGUGACUUGGCCGUUCGUGACAAUACUAAUCACUUUCUGCGAAAGGUUACAAUUCAUUCUAUUAAAAUGUUCGGCAGUGAAAAGGAAGCCGAAACUAAGUAUUUAAUCGAACGCGUCAUACUGACUGCAUUGAUGAAAGGAAUCAAGGAUAAAAAUGAGACCACUAGAAAUGAAAACAUUCAGCUACUAGGCGAUUUGAGCAGAGAAUGUGCCGACUACUGCAGUGUGUUUGCCGAUUUACACCCGUUCACCAAUGGCGAAAAUCGUGAAAUCGAUUUCUUCGACAAUAUCACCCAUUUGCAAAUUCAUCGUCAUCGCCGUGCCAUGAACAGAUUUUGUAAAACAGCACAAAAACUAUCAAAACUGCCUUCACCGCACACGCUGAACAAUUUUGUAUUGCCAAUUGUGUCAGCUUACCUGUGCAAUGAGACAUACCGUAAGAAAGUGAGACUUACCGAUGCUGCCGGCAGUUGUGUCGCAUUGAUUGGGCGAAUGCUGCCCUGGGCUAGCUAUAAGGCCGUGCUGAAACAAUACCUGAACAAAAUGAAGCACAACCUUGAAUAUCAAAAGCAGCUGAUACGGCUCGUUGUGGCAUUGCUGGAUAAUUUCCAUUUCGACCUCACACAAGCAGACAUCGGACUUCUGCAGGACAUAGGUGGCUUGGUCCAAACGAAACCAACAGUUAAUGCUGAGAGCGAGAUCAACGAUGUUGAAGAUAUCAAGCAAUCGGAUGAAGUGGAAAAACAGGAAGUCGAAGAGUCUAACGAAAAGGACGAUUUCGACGAAAAAGAAGACAAUGAUGAUGAUAAAGAUGACAGAAUAUCGUCAAAAGUAGCGUUGCAAAUCUCCUUUAACGGUUUGACCAUUUUGACAAAGACAAAUGCGGAAGCAGUCAUGUACGACAUUUCCAAAAUACUCAUUCCGGAUCUGUUCUCUGCUAUCAACUACAAGGAAAUCCCAGACAGCAUCAAACUGAAUGAGCGAAAAGAACGGUAUCAGCGAGAGAAAGAAGAGAUGUCGAAAAUCCCAGUCGCGAUUGCCAUCGUAAAAUUGCUGCAGAAACUACCAAAAAAGUUUAUGGAUUUGAAUUUACCUAAAUUAUUGAUGAAGGUCAUCAACUUUUUGAAAUCCAACUUGAAGCAGGUUCGCAGCAUAGCGAGAGAAACCCUAAAGAACAUGCUUCUUUCUGUGGGACCACCUCUUCUUAGGACCAUUUUGGAGAACUUGACAGCAAUUCUUUCCAGAGGCUUUCAGCAACACGUAAUGGUAGUUACAGUGCACACCCUCCUUGAUGCCGUAAAGGAUCAGCUCAAUACAGAGGUUGUGGAUGACGUUUUGCAAUUGGUUUUGAGCAUAUGCAUCAAUGAUAUCUUUGGGCGAUUAUCGGAAGAAAAAGAAGUCGGUUCAGUCAUCAGUAAAACCCCUGAAGCCAAACCCAACAAAAAGAGUUUCCUAUCUCUUCAAAUACUAGCGAAGAAAAUGAGCGAAAAGUCCACUUUGGAUUUGAUCGUGCCCUUGAAAGAGAUAAUAGCCAAAACCAACUCAAGGAAAACAGUUCUUAAAGUGGAAGAAGCAUUGAGCAAAAUUGCAGAUGGAAUAUGCUCCAACGAGAACAUCAGCGUUGAAUCUGUGCUUAUUUUCGUAUUCGGUAUAACUUCAGAAAGCAUUCCAGAUCUGGUGUGUGGAAGCAAACAGGCCACCCUAUCCGAGAAGCAAAAGAAUAAAAUGAAGGAAAAGAGGCCAGAUAUUUAUCUAAUCCCGGCGGAACCUAAACGUAGAGGUGCCUUCAAUCAAAUUGCGUUGGUCACCAGUGCAAAAACCAAUGCUCAUGUCUUCGUCGAAAUGGGACUGGAAAUAUUGCACUCACUCAUAAAGAAAAGUCAAGUGCUUUCCGUGGAAUAUGAAGCAUUUUUGGAUCCCCUUGUACCCAUAUUGGUCGAUUCUUUGAAUAGCAAUCAUAUCAAAGUGACAACGUUGAGUAUAAAAUGUAUAUCUUCUAUCUGGUCCAGCAAGCUGAACUUGCCCAGCAUUGAGAAAAGCAUAGCAAUUAUAGUGGAGAACCUAUUGAAACUUUUGCACAAGUACGCUACGGCUGUUAUUGGACGACAUGACGAAAACUUCCAAUUGGUGAAAAACAGUUUCAAGGCAGUCGUUACCUUGUUAAAGUACGUUAAAUACUUUGAAAUUACCAACGAACAGCUGAAAAUGUUACUGUUGUACGUGGAACAAGAUCUCUACCACAACGAGAAGCAGAAUAUGGCUUUGAUUUUGUUACGAUCUAUUAUUGGAAGGAAACUGAUCGCCGCUGAGAUGCCAUCAAUCAUUAAAAAAGUCGCUGAGCUGAGUAUUACCCAUGACAAUCAGAAAGUUAGGGAAGACUGCCGUCAGAUCGUCCAAGAAUACUUGUUGAACUACACGCUCGGGAAAAAAAUCGAUCAGACCAUUCAUUUUUACGUGAGUCAGCUGGAGUACGAGGUGAUUGCAGGUCGCGAAUCUGCAGUGCUAAUGCUUGAAACGAUAUUCAAAUCAUUUCCAACGGCGAUCUUGAAUAAGAAGGCUGCAUUCUUCUUCCUAACGGUUGGAAUCCGGUUGGUCAACGAAGAAUCCCCAGAUUGUCGUGCACUGGUUGCACAGAGUUUAGAGACUUUACUGUCACGGGUAGACAAGUCCAGCUACGAUGAACUGUUGGAACUUAUUCUAACAAUGCUUCAAGGAGCAAAAAUUAGCCACAGAGAACUGGCGGCCCAGUUGAUCAUCCGCAUGGUGAACGUUGAAAAAGAAUCAUUCAGCACAAGGCUAGUGAAAGUGCUUCCGGCACUGCUUUAUACGAUCACCGACAUGAAUGAUGAAAGCACUGGUAAAUUCGUUAAGUUAAAUUCAAGUGCGGUGCCAGUUGAGGAUAGUUCGGAAGCCCAAAAAGCCAAAGAUCAUUCUCUCGUGCAAACAUUGAAUGCUUUCAACCGCAUCUUCGAAGUGUGUCCGCAUGUUCUAACAAGUCCUCAGCAUUUGGGACUGAUUGAUGAGCUUGCCUACAAUUUGCAGUCCUUAAUGUCUCAUGGUCAUCAAUGGGUUCGACUAGCUGCACUGAAGCUGCUAGGACUGGUCCUCAGCGCGAUAGAUUUCGAUACGGUUCAUAAAAUACUGCAAGGGGAAGAAUGUGAAACCAAUCAACAAUUUAUUUACGGCAAUCCACGCUCAGACGCAAGGUCACUUGUUUUGGACAUGUGCUCUCAAUUGGUUCCUGCGGAAACCGAAGAUGACAUUGCUGCGCUGGUAACGCAGAAUCUACUUCUAAUUGCGAACAUCCUGAAAGUAAUGCCACUUCAAAGUGAAGCUUCUGCCAAUAGUUCAAAAACUGAUGAUGGAACCAGGGACGUUAAUCUCGGUUGGCUGAUUCGGAGAGUGCGAUACGUUGUGCAGAGUGAAGUUGCUAAAGCACCAAAGUCCAUCGUGUUGCGCAAACACAUGUUCCAGUGGAUGGAAGCUCUGGUGGAUUUACUAGACGAAAACGUGGUAGCCGUAAUCGCCCCCUCAAUCCUGUCGCCAGUAACGCGUGAAUUGAGUGACAAAGAUCACCUCGACAAAUCACUGAAGCACAUUGUGAUCCGGCUGGGAAAUCGUAUGAAAUCCAAAAUUGGCAGCGAAAAGUAUGAGGAAAUCCGUUUGCGCAUGCAAUCCAAGAUAAUGGAGAAGCGUAGUGUUCGACAAAGAGCGGUUGCAGUAGAGAAAAUCAAUAAUCCAGUACAAGCAGCGAAACGCAAGCUUGCAGUGAAAAAUAGGAAAAAGGAAGUCAAGAAGCAAAAGUUGGAAACCAUGCGAACGAUUGGAAAAAGUACAUUCAAAAGCAGUGCAGGUACAAAAAACAAACGGAGGCGCAUGGAAGACUUGUUCCAAUGAUGGUUUUAACACGGAAUAUGUGGCUUGGUGUAAUAUAUGAAAACUUAUUUUCCUGUUCUCCUGUUUUCCUGUUAGGUUGAUAAAUCUGUGGAAUUAUCGUCCUU